UUCUUGUUUUACUGUCUUAACCGGAAGUUGUCAUCUGCAGGGGUCCGCGGUGAAGUCAGCGUUUGAUUCGCCGGUUUCCUGAACGUCCCGAUCGUGUUUGAUCCGGUGGAUCAGAUUCUCUUCAUUAAACGGAUCAUUUCUCCGUUUCUAAAGAACCUCGUUAAAUGUUGGAGAACUUCUGUGUUCGGUGGAAGACAGAAGUCUGAGUCCCGGUUUCCGGUAAAGAUCCGGUUCGGUGUGAACCCGGUUCUUCCAUAACCGUGGGACCGGAAGCGUCGGUCUGACACUAACUUCCCGCGCGCCGGCGCUGCUGUUUGGAGGAGGACGGUCACGUUCUGGUUCCGUGACACCGCGCUGCUGCUCGCCGAGCCGGUUCCGUUGGGUCAGAAAUGUGGGGGGGCUGAAGGCGGCGGGAAGUCUUUGACGGACGCCUCGCGCGCAUGCGCCGCUCCGCUCGGUCAGCAUGGAGGACGGCGGGAAGCGCGAGGACUGGGACGCGGAGCUGCCGAACAGCACCGGAGACCCGCAGCUGGACGCAGCCGCGCGGCGCUGGUUCCGCUGGGACCGGAACCCGUGGACCCGGGCUCAGAUGGAGUCACUGUUGAAAGCGGGCCGCCUGGAUGAAGUCCGGUCCAGACUCUGUGGGCGGUUAAGCUUCGGAACCGCCGGACUCCGGGCGCCGAUGGGAGGCGGGUUCAACCGGAUCAACGACCUGACCGUCAUCCAGGCCACCCAGGGUCUGCUCUCCUACCUGUGCAGGUGUUUCCCAGACCUGAGCGGCAGAGGCGUGGUCGUCGGCUUUGACACGCGGGGACAGCAGGAGAGCGGCUGCAGCAGCCACAGGUUGGCGAAGCUGGCGGCCGCGGUGAUGCUCAGCAGAGACGUCCCCGUCCACCUGUUCUCCGGCGUCGUCCCCACGCCAUACGUGCCAUUCGCCGUGAGGACGUUGGGGGCGGCCGCCGGCGUGAUGAUCACCGCAUCGCACAACCCCAAAGAGGACAACGGCUACAAGGUGUACUGGUGCUCCGGUGCUCAGGUGGCCUCCCCUCAGGAUAAGGAGAUCCUGCGCUGCAUGGAGGAGGAGCAAGAGCCGUGGAGCUCCUCCUGCUGGGAGGCGGAGCUUUGGCAGCGCAGCUCGCUGUGCCGCGACCCGCUGACCCGGAUCAACCGCUGUUACAUGGACCAGCUGUCCUCCCUCUGCUUCCACAGGGUGGCGAACGGCGGCUCUCCUCUCAGAGUGGUGCACUCCUCCUUCCACGGCGUGGGACACGCCUUCGUCCAGCAGGCCUUCCAGGUGUUCGGUUUGGCCCCGCCCAUCCCGGUCCCGGAGCAGCGGGAUCCCGACCCCAGCUUCCCCACGGUGCGCUGCCCGAACCCGGAGGAGGGCGCGUCCGUGCUGGAGCUGGCCCUGCGGCUGGCGGAGAAGGAGAACGCUGGGAUCGUUCUGGCCACGGAUCCUGACGCCGACCGGCUGGCCGUGGCAGAGAGAUGUAACGGGUGUUCCUGGAAGGUGUUCUCGGGGAACGAGCUGGCGGCGCUGCUGGGCUGGUGGAUGUUCUUCAAUUGGAAGCAGAGCGCCGCUGACGGGGCCGCGGCGCCGAGCGUCUGCAUGCUGGCCACCGCCGUGUCCUCCAAGAUCCUGCAGACGCUGGCCCGCGCAGAGGGCUUCCACUACGAGGAAACGCUCCCCGGCUUCAAGUGGAUCGGGAACCGGAUCCACGAGCUCUCCGGCGCCGGGAGGCGGGUCCUGUUCUCCUUCGAGGAGUCCAUCGGGUUCCUGUGUGGAGACAUGGUUCCGGAGAAGGACGGCGUCAGCGCCGCCGCCGUCGUGGCCGAGAUGGCAGCGUACCUGCAGAGGGGGGGUCUGAGUCUGAUGCAGCAGCUGCACAUCAUCUACCAGACGUACGGCUAUCACCUGUCCACCACCUCCUACGUCACCUGUCACGACCCCCCCACCGUCCAGAGGAUCUUCAGCCGCAUCAGGAACUUCCACGGCGCCGGAUCCUACCCGCAGACCUGCGACGGCGUGCCCAUCGACCACGUCAGAGACGUGACCACAGGCUACGACAGCAGCCGGCCCGACCUGCGAUCCACGCUGCCCAUGUCCCGGAGCGGCCAGAUGGUCACCUUCCGCCUGCAGAACGCCGUGGUGGCCACGCUGCGGACCAGCGGCACCGAGCCCAAGAUCAAGUUCUAUGCCGAGAUCUGCGCCGCCCCGGGGCAAAGUGACGUGUCGGCGCUGGAGGAGGAGCUUCAGAGAGUCACUGCUGCUCUGCUGGACGAGUUCCUGGAGCCGCAGAAGAACAAGCUGAUUGGCCGCUGUUCUUAGCCCCGCCUCCUCACGCUGCUUCGCAUUGAUGGCGACACAUGCAAACUAACCAGAGACUGAACGGCUUGGCUUUCAGUGUGGUGCAUGAUGGGUAAGCAAGGCCGGCGUGGACAGAACCGCCGAUUGGGUCUGAGGAUUCCGGCCCGUUUCAGGGAAGAGACUCAGUUUUAUUUAUUACUGGGUGGGGGGGUAACUGAAUCUGAGCGUAAGACGACGCCCACCCACCUCAGAACGGCGCCGUCUGCCAGGAGGGAAGGACUCAGAACCAAAGACGUGCUCCUCAAACUGGACUGUGAUGGUUCUGUGAAGGUUCUGUUUGGAGGAACAGAUGUUUACGUCGCUCAGAACAGAACCAGGACAUGAUUGGACGGCUGAGCAGUGCAUGCUGGGAGCUGCAGACUGCCUCGCUCUUGAACGUGCUUCAGUUUGUGGUUGGAGUGGGCGGAGCUUCAGCGUCUUCCUGCUGCAGGUAGGGGGCGCUGAUGUUCACCAAAGCUGCUGCUCUGUAAUAAAAGCUGUUGAUCCAA